CUGCUGACGCAACUGACACAGACUGACGGCAGUCUGGAAGUUUUCACACAGAGAUAUGAGCAUUUGGAAAACUGGAGCCUUACUACAGUGAUUUGUCAAAUAAAAGAAUAAUCUCACACUAUUUCUGAACGAGACGAGCAUCAUAGUAGGCUAUGUGAGAACAAACAUAACCAGAACAAGACAAGCGGCUGGAAGAAGCAGUAGUUACGCAACGCCUAAGCAAGAAAAUAGGAACAUCAAUCAAACUUGGAGUGGAGUGGAGUGGAGUGUGUGCUGAGCGGAACCAUGCAGGGAGGGGAUGUUGUCGUGGCCCUGCUGCUGCUGCUGGCUGUGGUGAGCUGUGCGGCGCGGGGAGGGAAGGGGAACCGGAGAGUGUGCGCGGAUCUUCCCGAGGAGAUCCUGGAGCAGAGGUUCGGUCGCCUCUCCGUCGGAGUGCUCAGCGCGUUCCAUCACACACUCCAACUCUCAGCAGAGCCUCACAACUUGAGCUGCCCAUCAGCAGGUCUACUGCAGCCCGACAAGAGACCGAGCAUUCCGGUCAACCUGCGGAGUCUUUCACCCUGGGCGUACAGGUUGAGCCGCGACCCCACGCGCUAUCCCCGCUUCAUCCCGGAAGCGUACUGCCUGUGUAAGGGCUGUCUGACGGGGCCGGGCCGUGAGGAGAGUCAGGAGUACCGCAGUGUUCCGGUGUUUGUGCCCACCGCAGUGCUGCGCCGCUCGGCCGCGUGUGCCGGAGGCCGCCGCUCCUACACCGAGAGCUACGAGUCCAUCGCCGUGGGCUGCACGUGCGUACCUGCGCUCAAGCCCGAGAAGAGCACGCGCAGAGCCGCGCACAAGCGAAAAACAAAUCACAAACUAAAGCACAGCGGCGCCGUUUAAAUCUCACAGGCAAAGCUUUCACAUUUAUUUCCCAUUUUAAACUUUAUACGUUUAAAAAAAAAACUCUGUAAUUUUCUUCUGGUCCCAAGAAUUAGUACUGUUAAUAAUAAUUAAAAUAAGUUAUCGCGGUGAAUUUCUGCUCCGCGAUUUUCGUGACCACUCGGCGCGUGACGUCAUUUAAGCCAAAGUCCACUUCCGUUUACUGACAUUGCCGUUCGGCUUGAGUGCAGACGCGUUCAGGAAUUUCCAAAGAAAAACCCCAGGCCUUAAAAUGCAUCUCACGGGUAAAUUCAGGAGCAAGAUCAAUGUAAUUCUCCUAUUUUAUAUUAAACUUUGGUCAAAUAUCUGUCACAUUUUGUGCAAAUUUUUUUACGUUGUGCAAUACCAAAAAAAUUCAGUUGAAAUCGAGCCAUUUGAGGUGAAUUGGUCCACUUCUGAAAAAACUUGGCAUUUGGAUUUCCCGGCAAACAUUGAUUUUCGUGACGUCAUCUGCGGGACGCCCCCCUCUGAACCCUACGUCAGCGCUGGUUUGUUUAUGAGAAAACGACCUGGUGGUUUUCUGCAAAUUUCUUCAACGUUAUCGUGUAAUUAUUAAAAUGGUUAACAGAUGUAUCGUAGGAGGGUGUUGCAAUACCAAUCAUGGUGGGAUUAGUACUCAUCGUUUCCCAAAAGACCGGACAAUGAGAGAGAAAUGGGAGCGCUUGGUCUACACAGGCUGUGCACUGAGACUGCGCAAAGCUCGCGCAGCCUGCUGGCGCUUCCGCAAGUAACGUCACGAAUCUGGCUCCAGACUCCCUUGGGAUUUUUCCAGACGCGUUAUUUUAUUUUUUUCUGCUGUAGACAGAUGGCCUUGUGCAAAAUUACCCUUCUGGAUGAGUGUGUAAAGGGACAUAAUUUUAUUUAUAUAUAUAAACCCGAAAUUGGUCCAGAAUAUGCACUUUAAUGUUGUGCAGUGAACUGUAACAACGGGACCGGUUCAGGAAGAAGUUUUUACCUUUUUCCGAGGGAGGAGAAGAGGAUUGAGUGGAUUGGCUUUUUCCGAAAAAGGAGAAGAGGCGGAGCGAGAGGGUUGGCUUUUUCCGAAAAAGGAGAAGAGGCGGAGCAAGUGGGUUGUGCGUGUGAAGCCAGAGGAUUGGUCGCCGGGUAAAUACGCCACUCUGUGCUCUGAUCACUUUUUAAAGAAUCCCCAUCUCCUGGAGAGUUUAGGUGUCAGUGUCGGACAGAGAAGGCUCAAACCUGACGCUGUUCUGACAAAAUUCGAACACAAAAUCAAGCAGAAGCGGACCAGCAACGCUCAAGCAAAAAGGAGAAGAUUGGAGGAAAAUAUUUUUACCUUUGCUUGCAAUUGACAGGUCAAGAAUCCUGAGGGAUCCUGUACAAUCAUUGUGGAAAUGAGACAAAGGGAUAUUUCCUCGCUUAGAGUCGGCUAUAAAUAGUAUAAUGCCGCGGAUCGCAGGCUAACGUGGCCUACCAGCGCACUGUCAAGUAAUCGUUACCUAUAUCCAUUAGGGAGGGCGGUUUAAUUAUUCUUCAAAAGGGCUCUUAUUUAGUAUUACUUUGAAAGUAGGAAUUUAUCAUAACUACCAGGAUAAAUAGUUUGGGCGCGAGUCUUGUUGAGGUACAGGGUCACUGUGAUCAGAGUCGGUCAAGUCGCUGUCCGAUUCCAAGGCUGCACGGUCAAACCAGUGAGCCAUAUUCACUAAUUGCUUCGCAACGGCCAUAGGUUCAUAUAUGUAUGGUUUCACCUCUCGAUAUUCAAUUUGGAGAGUUCCUACUUCAAAAUUGCUAUCGCUUUCAGACAUUUUACACAACCUCUCAUGACCAAAGUCCAUACAUGUGUGCUUGGUUCACAAGUAAACACAGAGCUGCUCCCAGUCUGUUUGGCUUAAAUGACGUCACGACGACUGCCCCCUGGCGGUGAAAGUGCGCAUAAGUGAGAUGUAAACAAACCUUCGGAACUUGGGCAAAACAGUAUAUUUUAACCGUUUUAUUCCAUUUUAGGGUGCAAAUUAGACACCAGAAAGAUUGAAUUCACUUUUUGGGUCGUUCUUCUAGAAAAUAAAGUUGAUAUUCUACGUUUCACCUCCAACCCUUGCCUAUGACCUUUAAACAAAAAUCACAUGCUGCUCAAAGUGCACCAAGUUUUGUUUUGGUUUUUUUUAAACAAAAGUUUUGUAUUUGAUGGAACCUGGUGUGGUAUUAUGGAGUCAGGUUAUUAAAACAGUUAGCAUGAUUGAUAAUGUUGCUGAAAGAAUUAUCUGACUGCACUGUACAGGUAUGACUGUAGGCUUACCUUGCAUGUUCUUUAUGAGAAAUACUUUGUGUACAAUGUGCAUGCAUAUCAUUAAGCUGUUUUUAUAUUUAUUCAUUCAAAGUGCAAUUGUUAUGAAUGUCGCAUGUUUUGAACAAACACUGAGGAUAAUUUGAUUCUAAUUAAAAAAAAAGACAGGAUGAAAAUGCACAAGUUUUUACUAUACAGCAAUGCUAUAUUUGCCAAAUUAAAAUUCAUAAAGCAGCAGCACGGUGGUGUAGUGGUUAGCGCUGUCGCCUCACAGCAAGAA